ACCUCACCCCUCCUCCUUCCCCCCACCCUCCCCGCCGGCCGUCGCGGCCACCUCCCGGCACCGCCGCCUCCCCCGCCGCACGGAGCUGGUCCCGGGUGCAGGGGGAGACCCGGGGGCAGGAACACAGACUGGAGGAACUUAUGAGUACAGUUAACAUCACUUAAAUGUAAGGAGUAACUGCAUUUCAAUGGGAAGUCCACAGGUAGAAGGGAAUGUAAAAUAAGAGACUUUACACUAGAUUAAUCAGCCACUCGAUGGGGAUUAACAGUGGAGCACCUCUUUGUGUCGCCUCUUCACCUCUCCGUAGCAAGAAUAACAACUUCAGCACUUCUUCAAUAAUAAUUAUGAAACUGGUAUUAACUGAAUGGCAAUUAUGGAUUUUUAACUCUAACUCACAGUAAACCAGCAAGCCAUAUGUUGAAAUUCCUACCAAAUAGUUUUUGUUCUUGAUGUCUCAUAUCUGUACGAGAAGUUGCAAGAUACCUGUUUGUACAAGAGGAAUAUAAGUAUUACUUGCCUGAGGAACAGAAGCUGAAAGAGAAGACAUCCUAACUUGUUUGUGGAGUUAUGGUAAUAUUAUUUAUAUAGCUAUAACAAAUAUAUAUUUUUUUGUGGUUAUGAAAAUGGCUCCCCAGAAUGCUGACUCGGAAUCUAUGCAAGUUCAAGAUCUACCUGUGGCACAGCUUCAGAAACCAGAAAACAAGGAGAGUGAAAGUAGGGAGGAGACCAUUAGUGAAGGAUCCAUAGACCGGAUACCAAUACGCCUGUGGGUGAUGCAUGGUGCGGUAAUGUUUGGCAGGGAAUUCUGUUACGCCAUGGAGACGGCUUUGGUGACACCUGUAUUGCUACAGAUAGGUCUUCCUGAACAAUACUACAGCCUCACUUGGUUCCUUAGCCCCAUCCUGGGCUUGAUCUUCACUCCGCUUAUAGGUUCAGCUAGUGAUCGCUGCACACUGAGCUGGGGCCGCCGGCGGCCUUUUAUUCUUGCUCUCUGCAUUGGUGUCCUGUUUGGAGUUGCACUUUUCCUUAAUGGUUCUGUUAUAGGCCUGGCUAUCGGCGAUGUCCCGGACAAGCAGCCCAUUGGUAUAGUCCUCACAGUGCUUGGUGUAGUGGUGUUGGACUUCUGCGCUGAUGCAACAGAAGGGCCAAUUCGGGCCUACUUGUUGGAUGUGGUGGACAGUGAAGAGCAAGACAUGGCCCUUAACAUUCAUGCAUUUUCAGCUGGUCUUGGAGGAGCCAUCGGUUAUAUGUUGGGAGGGCUGGACUGGACGCAGACCUUCUUGGGUGGUAUUUUUAAAUCUCAAGAGCAAGUCCUUUUCUUCUUUGCAGCCAUUAUUUUCUCUGUCUCCGUCGCUCUCCACCUUUUUAGCAUUGAAGAAGAGCAAUAUAACCCUCAGCAGGACAGGACUGAUGAUGGAGAUGACACACUUUCUAGUGUCAAAUUCAGUGGUAGCCUCCCUCCUCUGAAUCGAUUGAAUGUAAUUAGUGAGGAAGAGCCUUAUGGAGCCUCUAUGUUCCAUGACGAUGUUCAGUCAGAGCAUGACCUCAAUAUGGAGUUCCUUGAGGUGAACAUUGUAAGAAGUAAGAGUGACUCAGUUCUACACAUGCCUGAUGCUACGCUGGAAAUUGAAUCAGAGCUGCUUUUUCUGCAUGACAUUGAACCUUCCAUUUUUCAGGAUGCUUCAUAUCCAAACACUCCCCACAACACAAGCCAAGAGAUCAUGAAGUCCAAACUCAACCACCUGUCUGCUUUCCUCAGGGACAAUGAGAAAGAGGAAGAAAUGUUGCUUGAUAACCGCUUAAAUGAGGACAAAGUCCCAAACCUGAAUGGGUCCCUACCAAAAGAGUUCCUCAAUGGACAUGCUACAAUAGGCAUGAAACAAUCCAGUACUUCAAACUCCAUGCGGAGGCGGAGGCACAUGUUCUACCGUCAGCCCUCCUACACCUUCUCCUACUACGGCAAAAUAGGCUCUCACCGCUACCGCUUUCGCCGGGCUAAUGCCAUCGUCUUGAUCAAGUCCUCACGCAGCAUGAAUGACAUCUAUGACAUGCAGAAGCGGCAGCGACAGAGGUACAGACACAGGAACCAGAGUGGCACCACAAAUUCAAGUGGAGACACUGAGAGCGAAGAAGGGGAAACUGAAACUACUGUCAGACUCUUGUGGCUGUCGAUGCUAAAGAUGCCAAAGGAGCUGCUGAGGCUGUGUGUCUGUCACCUCUUAACUUGGUUCUCCAUCAUUGCUGAAGCUGUGUUCUACACAGAUUUCAUGGGACAGGUCAUCUUUCAGGGUGAUCCAAAGGCCCCUUCUAACUCAACUGAGUUACAUGCCUAUAAUGCUGGAGUCCAGAUGGGAUGCUGGGGACUGGUUAUUUAUGCUGCUACUGCUGCUGUUUGUUCAGCCUUGUUGCAGAAAUAUUUAGACAACUAUGACCUUAGUAUCAAAGUGAUCUACAUCCUGGGCACACUGGGUUUUUCGCUUGGCACCGCAGUGAUGGCUAUAUUCCCCAACGUGUACGUCACCAUGAUAAUGAUCAGCACUAUGGGAAUAGUCUCUAUGAGUAUCUCCUACUGCCCUUAUGCCCUCCUGGGACAAUACCAUGAUAUUAAAGAGUACAUUCACCAUAGCCCUGGGAACUCAAAACGAGGAUUUGGCAUAGACUGCGCUAUUCUGUCCUGUCAGGUUUACAUCUCCCAGAUCCUUGUGGCCUCUGCCCUUGGUGGUGUGGUGGAUGCAGUUGGCACUGUCAGAGUCAUUCCCAUGGUAGCUUCGGUGGGAUCCUUCUUGGGUUUUUUGACAGCUACUUUCUUGGUGAUUUACCCCGAAGUGAAUGAAGAGCCAAAGGAAGAACAGAAAGGACUAGGUCCUCCAGAGACAGCCGAGGGCAACGGCAUAAGUGCAGAGAAGCCGACUGUGCUGAAGCUGACGCGCAAGGGAGCUGCUGCGUCGGAGCUGGACAGCGAGUCAGCUGUGUGAGGACAUCGCUUGCCGAUCACCCACAUUCCAGGGAGUGCAGGUGCAGGAUCAAGAACUCUUUCUUCUUUUUUUAUCUCCAAGAAAACAGAUUAGAAUCUUCAUUACUUGUAAGUAAAAUUAUAGAAGAAAAGGCAGUUCCAUGCAAAAGUGUAAAUUAAAUUCUGUAGUCCUUAAUAUAGGUUUGAACAGGUAACUAUGACGCUAAUUACUUUCUCUACGACUUAGAAAUGUUGUUUCUGAACACUUUUUUAUUAAGAGUACAUUUAGACUUGGAAUAAGUUUUAUUAAUCUGCAUGAGACUCACAGUGUAUACAAUUAGCAGGUAGAAAAAUUACACUUUGGGCUGUUUUUGAACUAACUGAAAAUGGAAGCUAUCUUGACUUCUAGUCUCUUGCUGGGUUUUUUGUCUGAACAUUUCAGGUUUCACUAGUGUAAUAACUGAAUCAAACACUUAGACAUCUUGAUCAGGUUUUUUUUCCAUCAGCAUGGUAUUAUCAGUCUGACAGCUACAGUUCUUUAAUGUUCAUUUUAGGCUUCAUGCUUUUGUUAGUGCAGUUACUACAGAAUCGUUUUGUUUGCAAUUACUUUCCAGAAAAACAAAAGCAAUUACUGCAGUUUCUGAGAAAUUGCCACGAAUCCUUUCAGUCAUACUGUUCAACAACUACUCCCAAGUCUGUUGCAUGUCAGGAGAGGGUGACAUUGGGUGUGUGAUCUAACUGUAGAUGGAAGAAGCAGCAGCUGGGAAGAGGUGACCAGCACUGACAGGUUUUUAUCACAAGUGCUGGAUUUGGUGAAUGUCAUUGGAAUAUGCUGUGACAAUUCUUAGAUGGGAGUUUUGUGUGCUGGUGAACUUAGGGGUUUUCUUGGCAUUUAAACCUGAUCAUCUCUAGAUGAAGCUGCCAUGGAGGAAGGAUGUCUCUGAGGUCAGCUUUGUGGGAGGGUUCAUUUGGAUUCUGUCUGAUGGGAACAGAAAGUCGUUGAUUAAUUGCACUUUUUAUGAUCCUUUAACCUGCCGGCUGGGAAUGCAGCAGCCAAAGUAAAGGCACAGUGUCAGUACAGCAAGAUAAACUGAAGGCCUACCUCUGUCACUUUAUGUCAUAGUCUGGGUGUAUGAAAAUCUGUCAGAAACAGUUUUGGGGCCUUAAAAAUCAAUCCACAAGCAUGUGUUGCCGUUUCAAUCCCUUUGCUGGAGGAUUUGUAGGUUGCAGCUCUUCCAAGCUGCUGUACCAGUGCCAUCAGCACAGUCUCCAUGCCCCCUUCCUUGAUUCAGGACAUAGCUGUGGUGCAAAGACAUUUUUCUGUGAAGAGCUUGAAAGAGGGGUGCUAAUCUGAUUUAGAGUAAGUGUUUGGAUCUCUAGCAAUGUGCCCCACCCCAUGGGCAGCCAAAGCUCAGAGAUCCAGCAGCCAUUUAAAGCAGCUUUAGAAACUGAUCUUCUGUUUGUCAUCUUAGAAGUGUUUGUGAUGCUAUUUACUCAGUUCCGCGUGGACCUCCAGGCUGCAGUCGAUCAGUGUGCUACACAGACAAAUCACAGCUCCUUGUAAGAUUUCUGCUGCCUCAAGCUCCUCAUGCUACAGUACUUUAAAGUGCAUGUGUAGCUCAUGCUGCAAUACAGUCAUUUGACAGAAGAGUAUAUAUUUCAAACUGAAAAGCAGUUUUCACUCGAUUACUUGAAGUGUCAAUGUAUUUAAGACGCGUAUGUUUUGGGAUGUGUGAGGGUUGACGCACGGUCUUGGCCAGCAUCACUGACCACUUCCCGGUGGCACAGGUGUGUUUCGUAGCUGAAGGCUUUCAGUUGGCACCGCUGCCCUCUGCUCUCAGGGAUAGCAGGGUCGUUUUUUAGGCUGGUGAAAGCACCGAGCACUAAAGUACAUCUAAUUACACAGGACUUAGGGGUGGGCUGUGGUUUGCUGGGUUUUCUUCCAAGUCUCUUAGAAAGUCUUUUUUUCUUUAAAGUGAUUUUUUUGUUGUCAUUUAGAACACGUACUGUGAACUGUGUUCAGACAGGGGAAUGAUACUACUGAAGAAUAUGAGACCUUAUUGAAGAAAUCAGAUGUGAGAAGUACUUUAACUGAACUUCUGCCGUGACUUUUAUCAUCUCAUUUACAUUUAAUAUAUUCUGGUGAAGCUCACAUAGAGCAGACCUGAGUUGUGUUUCACCUCAUAACUAGCAUUCAUGUGAAAUACACACUGAGACAGACAUUUUUUUAAGUGGCUUUAAUAUUUUCUUUUUAAAGCUCCUUGAAGAUUCUACUUGGUUGUCAAGUGUUCCCUGCUUUAAUCUCUAUUUCUGGAAAGGUUCUUCUAUAGUUGAAAAAUCUGCAUCUUUUGGCCAGUGCCAGACAUAAUCACCCCUUCCCCCGUGAGCUUCACAGGUCAGUAUGGUUUCAAACCUCCAUUACUCCACACUGCACAUGUGUAAGCCAAAGCUUCUUUCACAGCACCAUCAAGCUGACAAAGGCCUAGCAGCAAAGAGAGGAGAAUUUGAAGCCCCCUCUUAAUUCACACCCAGCACAGUGAAACUGUUUCGAGAGGUGAGCUCACAUUUAUUUAUCUUUCUCAGUCAGGGCAAGGAUAAGGAGGGAGGAAGGAUGUUUUGAACCCAGAAGGUUUCAAGGAAAAUCAGGGAAGGUCCAAUUUUGUCCCAGCCAGCAUAGCCUUCUUUCUACAAGUUGGAUGCUAAGAUCCGUAUUUGGAGUUGUUUAAUUGCUGCUUGUUCCACGUGAACAUGCAAGCUGCCAUGCAGCAGGAAGCUCUGUUUCACUCCCCUGUAAAGCUGAAGGAAAUAAUUAUCCAUUGUAAAUGCACUGAAGUAUUUGUAGUCUUGCCAGAGGAAUUAACUUGAGAGGGGCUCCUGCCAAAGUAUCUCCUCCUGUACCUUGGCCAGGCAAGUGGUGAAACCACCACGCUGGCUUUUCCACUGUGCUUGCUGGUUAGGGCUCCCAAGAUCUUUCAUAGUAAAGUUUCAUCUUGAAAUCAAGAGUUUUCUUUCUAGCCCUACCGCUUCUCAGGGUAGUGUGGGCAAUGAUUUGUGUGUGUGUGUGUGUUCCCUGUCUUUGAUACAGAAAUUACUUUGUUUUCUGGUCACAACUAAAAGGUAAAAUAGUACAAUUGUAUGUGUUUAUUGCAGAAGUUGUGGGAGGAGUGAGUUGAAGUGGCUUUAUGUUAUUCCUGGGGACAGUAAGCAUCAUUUAUUACUUGUCAGUAUUACUGUAGUCAGAUUCAUCCCACAUGCUCCACCUCUUUGCACCUUUACUGCAGGAGGCUUCAAGUUUAGUGGGCUUGUUCUGUGUGGCUCUGCACUCUAACAAUUUCAACAUGUUCUGUGGCAGCCCUUCCGGUGAGGUGCAAUAUCACACACACAAGACCCUGUUAGUGUUCAGGCUGUCGAGAGCUGCAGUUAGGAAGCUGCACAUCUAGAAAUGAAGCUCAAACUUCAACCACUCAGAAAGGCAUAGUAUGCAUUUUGCACUGCUUAUUGCCAGAGUCCAGUCAGAUGUGUUUGUGGAUGGCAAUUUCAGACUCCAGAAGCAAUAAUUUCUUAGGAAUGUUUCUCUUGCUGCUGUUAGAUGACUUUCAUAGAGAUUUAUUACCUAAAUAGCUUUUUAAUAACAUGAAUCUGGUCGUUUGCUAGCACUGGCAGUGAGCAGUUACGGAAAGAUGUGGGUUGUUCAUCAUCAGAAGGGAGGAAGCCAGUAAAUCCAACAGAGGCUAGCGCUGCUUGAAACGCACAGUGUCCUUUUCCCCUUUCACUUGGAGCCUUUUUUCUAGACUAUGAAAUAUUUCUGGCAUGGCAGGCUGAAAAGGAGGCAGCUGCAAAUUCAUCCCCUUGUUUUUCUUGCCAAUGCUGAUGCUGGUGUGUGGACCCCAUGAUGAAACAGGCUUGUGUGAGGUUUUCCACAAGGGCAGGGGAGCAAGGGCUGAGCCUCUCUCAUUCCUCUCCGGUCUAAUCUGAACCCCUGCAGCACUUGGCGUGACAGUGACAACAGUGAUUGUUGCCAGGUACUUUGCUAAAAACUCAAUUCCAUUGUUAGAAAUGCAUCUGCCUGCCUUUGGUUUCUGGCGAGCUCGGUCUCCCUCUGACGUCAACACUUAAAGGCAGGAUUUUUGUUGGUUGCAGUGAGGUUUUUCAGCCGUGGGGUUAAGAUCACAUUUCCAAAUGAAGGCGGAGAAAGUCGAAGUUUGUUCCUGGGCAGAGAAGAGUUCAGGUGGGGGCUUCUUCCUGAAAGGGCUUUGCAGGGGCCAGUGUCUGGUUUUGGUGGUCGCUUAUGUUUGCAGUAAUUCUGCACAGCCAGGUUGUGUGCCAGUCUCUUGUGCAGUCCCCACCAUGAGCUGCAGUUGAGUCACCAAGAGCCGUUUUUCUCCAGGUGGGCACAUAUGUGUCUAUGUAUAGAUACUGACAGACACACUGCUCGGGCCAAAGCAGCCUUGUGGUUGUGUGCUCCUUGUCACUGUACUUGACAAUGUUUGCAGCUGAGUUCUUCCAGGUUUCCCUUAUCCUAGUCCCAUGGCAGAUGAGCUCAGCUAAAAAUAUGUAUCCUAUUUAACUAAAUAAACUCGUGCAUGAUAUUCCAAGCACAUGUAGCAGCUUUGGCAUCUGAAGUAUCUAUUGUGAAAGAGAAGUUGGUUUCAUUUGCAGCUGUUUUGUCCUCGUUUCCUUUUAAUAGGCCAAAUAAAUGUAACGAACACCAAAUGUUGCACAGAAAUGUUCUUAAUGACUGUGUAGAAGAAAUACCAAAUUUUAUUUUUCUUUGCAGAAACUUUAUGGUGAGAGUCCUUUAGCUGUUACCCUUCCUUAAACGACGAAGAUGAACGUUUGUAAAGUGUGUUGAAAAUGGUCAUUUUUCAAAAGUGGAGCUACCCAAAGUUUUCUGUUUCUCAUGUUGCAUCCAGAACAAGCCUCUGGCAGAGGCGAGCUGCAAAAGCUCAAGUAUCAACUGGUGUUUUGAUUUUGAGACUCAGAGCAGCCCAGACAGUUAGGAAAUUGUGUGAGUUAACAGCAAAAAAAAAGGCUCAGCUGCCUUUUCAUAAUGUGGCAGGAGCAGUGCCAAGGCCUGCUCAUUCGGACGCUCCACUCUUUCCUCUACUGUCAAUUCACAUCAUCUCCCGGAAAACUCAUUUUCUUUGGUUCCUCAGCCCAAGCAGCUCAGCAGCUCACCUGCCUUUCAACCUCACUUUCCCUUGCCCCAGGGAGUGCAGGAGACCUCAGAGGAUGUCCAGGAGGGACAAUUAUCUUCCCCCUCCAGAAGAAGACAUCUGCUAAGAUUAAAAGGCUUCCGCUGCCCUUGUGACCUGCCAAAGCUGCAGUGAAAACCCAGGACGCAGUUCAAUCUCAUGUUUUCUCACACAUUUCUUCUUAAGUGCUGAAUCUGGGGCAGAAGCUCUUGGGGCACCCAACCCAACUCAUCAUCUGACUUCGUCUGCACCCAAUGCAGUCCUCACCGAUAAUCAAAUUGUAGUUAAUAGCCCCAACCCCCAGAUGUUUUAUCUCAACAAAUUGGCAGCUCCCAAUUUUAUUAUCUCUUUUUUCCCCCGAUGUAACAUGAACACUAAGCCCUUUUGGUAGCCAAAUGACCAGCUUAUUUUAAAUGCCUGAUCUUAUUAGAAAGCUGCAUAUAGGCAUCUCAUAGCAGAAAAAGAAAAGAAAAUUUUAAAAAAGAAAAAAAAAAAAGAAAAUAUUUAGUUCCUUUGUGAACUGGCCAUAUGACAACUACUUUUUUAUCAACUUAUUAAGUUGGGGCACUAUAAUAGCUCUUGCUGAGUUUAGCAAUGUUUAUAAGCAUGUGUUAAACACAUAAUGUUGUUUUAUGAGGAAAAAGGGAUUAAGAAAAGUAAUGUUGCGGAUGAAUGUUUGAGUUCGUAGUCGGCAUAAUGUAUGUAUGAUUUUUAUUUCUACACUGUUGAGCUUAUUUUCUGUUGUAAGGUUAAAAAAAAAGAGAUUUGUUGCAUGAGAACUGUUCUAUUGUGUUCUGCACUUUCUGUUCUUUUUGUAUAAUCUUGAUUUUUUUUUUUCAUUUAUGCAUAGAGGAGGAAAAUCAAUUUAGAAAUAUUCUACUCCACCAAACAUUGUGUUCCCAUCUGUUGUUCUGAAGUUCAAUCUUAAUAAACGUUUCAGUAAGA